CCAGUCCGUCGGGGAAUGGGACAGCGUUAAGACGGCGUGCGUCAGCAGCGUCCAUAUACUUUUCCGUUAUCGUUCACGGUUUCGGUUCGUUUUUUUUUGUUAUGCUAGUGAAUCCAGGCUGCAAUGAUGGACAUCGAUCGCAUAUCCUACAUCUUCGGCAGCUUCUCGAGAAAGAAGAGCCACGAAGCGACUGCGGCCAAAAGGCGCUCCAUUGAGUCCCCCAAAAAGACACACCACGACAGGUCCAAAUCGACGCCUCACCAACCGAAGAAGCAGGCAGUUGUCGCUCCCAGAGCGAAGAGCGUCAUCGGGGUGCAGUCAGAGGAGACGAAGCUGAAAUGCCCGAUGUGUAAGAGGCAGUACGCUGACCCCAGGGUGCUUCCGUGUCUCCACACUUUCUGUCUCAAGUGUCUGGAGGAGCUGGGAAAGAGGGAUUUCACCGUGUGGUAUGACGACGACUCCGAUGUUUCAGCUCAGAACACCGACAGUUCAGGAUCGAGAAAAGUAAGCUCUGGAGGAUCAGGUUACGUCAGCGACAGACAGGAUGACUUCAGCCCCGGAAAGAACAUACGCUGCCCUUCGUGUGGAAUUCGUGUUGAAAUUCCACCAGAAGGCAUCGCUUCCUUCCCCCCGAACUACCCUCUUCAGCACAGGAUAGUUCUGGCAGCGAUCAAUUCCACUUCUACCCAUCUCUUGUGCGACAUUUGCACCUCCGAUGUUUCGGCAGUCGCCAGAUGUAUGGAUUGCGCUUUGAGUUUUUGCGAGCACUGCGAAGAAGUGCAUUUAAGACAAAAAUCUUCCGUCGAACACCAAGUGUUGAGCUUGGAAGAAGCGAGACAACAGGGCAUAACGAAAGUGAGAAAGCAGAUAAUGUGCAUGAGUCAUCCGGAUUUAGAGCUCACCAUUUUUUGUUCCUCCUGUUACCAAGUCAUCUGCAGAGACUGCAUCGCCACAUCCCAUCGAAGUCACGUCUACGAGCCCGUCUCAAGAGCUGCCAAGAUCCACUUCGCCAAGCUUCGACUAGCCGCCGAAAGGGCCAAGUCCGUCGUAGAAGAGUCUGCCUUGGCCGCCAGCAAGUUAACAGCCACCUCGAAGAAACUCGAAGCCCAGUGCUGUCGGGUGCAAGGGGAGGUGGACAAGUUCAUUGAGGAGUAUGUUCGGUCGGUGGAAGAACACAAAUUGAGGCUGUUAGAGCAGAUCAAGCAGGUUAGAGAAGAAAAGUUGCAGAGCAUCUCCGAAGAGAAACUGAAACUGCAACAACGAAUGAAAGACGCCCGGGACAUCGCAUACUUCCUUGAUGAUCUGUUGAACGACGGUUCUGAAGUGGAAGUGUUGAGUUUUUUAAACCCUGUCAUUUCUAAAAUCGAAAAGUGCAACUUCGAGCGGACCCAAGAUUUGAAGGUGUCGGGAUCCUUGCAGUUCUUGAGAGAAGAAGCUGUCAAGUGUCCGAAUAAUUUCUUCACAGUGUACGGAGUAUUGACCACACAGAGUGUUUGGCCAGAACGUUGCCAGCUAAAUAUAGAAGGUCUGCAAAAUCUACGAGUAGGAAAACGAGUCGAAGUCCUUUUAGAAACGAGAGACAUAGACGAUAACCCUCUCGAAAGGGGAGGAGAAGAGAUAAUAGCCGAAAUACAUCGCAGAGAUGCCGGCAAUUCCAGAACUUUAGGAGUUACCGUGAAAGACAGGAGAGAUGGGACGUACUUCAUAUCGUUCGUACCGGAUGUUCCUGGAAAACUGAUCUUGAGCGUUAGUAUUAGAGGGCAACCCAUAAAUGGAAGUCCUUUUCCAUUUACGGUUAGAACUAUAAGGCAACAUACAGGGACCUUCCAUUGCUGUUCUUUCUGCUCGAGUGGUGGAAGCAAAGAAGCUACUUGUAACUGCGAGGGAAAAAUGCCUGGAGGAUAUAAGGGAUGUGGCCAUGGACACGACGGUCAUCCUGGAAGAAGACAUUGGUCCUGUUGUGGAAAUAUUCUUGAACACUCUGAAUGUAUUAGAUUAAAUCAUUCUCUUUAUCAAAUUACUUUGUAAGAUGUUUAUUCAAGUCAUUUGUAUAUAAUUUCAUUCGUGAAGUAAAGAAAACUAGUAUUUAGCUAC